GUCUAGACCAGGGGUCUCAGUCCUGGAGGGCCAGUGUCCAACACAGUUUGGUGAUUCUUCUUCCCAAACACAACUGAUUUAACUAAUCUGUUAAUUACUAGGUUCAGUGCAUGUGUUUAGGUGUUGGUGAAUUACAAACUGUGCUGGUCCCUGGCCCUCCAGGACUGGAUUUGGAGACCCCUGGUCUAUACAAUGAGAUUCUCCAUCGCUGGCCCCUCGUCCACUCCCCGGAAACGGCAGGUGCGUUUCUCCGCCCGCCACGACAUCCUGCUCCUGCGUGAGGUAAUUGCUCAGAACCCAUUUAUUUCGAAAGAGUCUGGCCGGAUCUGGGCUCGAGUGGGUGAGAUUGUUACAGCGGCACUGCAGGAUGAGAAUUUCGAGGUGGAUGGACGCAGGUGCCGGGAGAGAACCAUGCUGCUGCUCGACUACUACAAAAAGCAGGACUUUCCCAGCCUGCGCAGGUUUGGCACAGAGAGGCUCUAUGCUCAGAAGGAAGAUCUGCUGCAUGAGGUCCUGGAACUUGAGGCUGAGAAGAACCUGAUGGCAAGUGGUGAAGGAAAAUACCAGGAGGGAGAGAUAAAGAAACGUUCGCUGGAGGAGCUCACCUUGGCUGAGCCGGACAAACCCACCGUGCUUCCCGUCGCCACAGCGGCGCCUACAGUGCCUGGUUCGUUGGAGACAGAGGAACAGGAGGACCUGGUCGAGCUGUCGGCACCCACAGCGAAGCGCCCGUGCCAGUGCUGCUGCCAGACUUACUCGGAGAUCCUGAGUUUCCUGGAGAAACGUUCGGAAGCUGAGCAGCGACUGCGUGAAGAAGAAAUGGCACUCCGCAGAGAAGAACUCGAGAUCCAGAGGAGCAAAAUCGCUCUGGAACGUGAAAGACUCGGUGCUGAGAGGAAGGAACGUGAGCGACGCUUUGAGCUGGAGAGCCAGGAGAGGCAGGUCAUCCUCGACCUGCUCAAGGAGAAAGUCCUCAAGAGUGAGAAAAACACAGAGUGCUGACUAUUCUCAGCACAGCACAGUGCUACAUGGCACGUAGUUCGGACUCCUUUUGGUUAACCUCUUGCUAACGUUUUCCCUCACAAACUGUCCCGUUUUCUACUUGUCCAAGAGUUUAUAGAGUUACUCCUAACAAGAAAUAACUGUUUAAAAUACGUAAAAAAAUAAAUUGCAAUAUUAUUUGUAAACAUUGAAUUGUAAUGUAGUGGCUAGUAAGAACUAGCUAAAUCAUCGGCUAAAAACUAAUUUAUAGAUCGUAGCGCUUUACAAAGAGUUCAACGCUCGCACUUGAGUUUACGGCUGGGGGAUUUGAUAAAAGUAUCUUAUUAUGAUACAUGAUGACGUUUGUAUAACAGUAAAAACAACUAAAAAACAAAACUAAUAAUGCUUUAUAAUAAUGCUUAUAAUAAUAAUAAUAAUAAUAAUAAUAAAUAAAUAAGUUUAUAAGAAUUUAGUUUAAAAAAAGGUUAACAUCAUAUCAGCUGCGCCCAGUCAAGUUUUAAAUAGUAUAAUUUGUAAUUUAUAAAAAAAAUUAUUUAUUUAAAAAAAAAAAUCUAAGUAUGUUCUGACAUUAUUGGACAUAAUUUCAGUAGUAUGAAAUCAUAUUUCCCAAUCCCAGCUGAAUUUUUUUUUUAUAACAUUCGUUGAAAAACGACAAAUAUGAGUCAGUAGGAUUUUCAAAUGCUAAACACGUGUCCUCCGGCUACAUGUUACAGCGAGCGUAGCUACAGUUAACUUUUAUUUUAUUAUACAAAUAUUCAGAAGAUGCAACUCUUUAUUUCUGUGUGUUUAUGUUUAUGGAAACAUAAAGUAUACUAUUAGUGAACUAGCUGUAAUAUCAUUCUGUCUACAAAUUAAAUUAAUGUAAAUUCUGCCACAUUAAAAAAAAAAAUUCCUAAAGCUGUGACGACAUUUUAUUAAAAUAUUAUUGUAGGUCGGCAGUUGAUAAUGAAGUUAACGGAUAUGUUAUAAUAAUAAUAAUAUAUAAAAUAUAUAAUAUAAAAAAUAUAAUAAAUAAUAAUAAUAGGUUAAUAAUAACAGACGUUUGUAUAGUGUCUAGAUCUACAUGAAGAAUCAUUUGCUAACAUUGCUUUACAAACGUUAGCUCGCAAGAAUAGCCAGAGUAAAUUUACGAUAACAACCUUGCACUUUUUUUAAUGCUAUAACUUAUAGAUUUUUUUAAAAUCCAGAAGUAUGUUCUAUCCUAAAGAUAAACAUAAUAUAAUAUUAUGUUGUGUUAAGAAAAAGCUUUACAUAGUAAUAAAAAGGAAUGCAAGUCUAGUGGAGGGUGGUGUGGGGUGUGGGGUGUGUGUGUGUGUGUGUGUGUUGCCCAACUGUGAAGAAAUCUUGUUACACCUAAAAACAUUUGUGACGUUUCAAGAAACUGCUGUAAGUUGAAUUCCAAAUUAAAGCUUUUAAGACUGAGCCAUGUUUAGACAACAAAUGAAGAUUUUAUCAGCUGGUAAAACGCUUGCAGUUCCAGUGCCAUAUCAAUUCACUACAAGCACCUUUCAGCUGCUAGCAUCAUUCCUGUACUUCCUUACAUGCAUUGUAUAACGACGGGCGUCUAUGGGUCAAAAAGGAUGGAACUCAAGUUAAAAAAAAAAAAAAGCCACCACUAACCUUUUAUUUUUUUUUUGAUGGACUGCAAUAAACAACUUGUACAGUAAAUGUAUGUUUUACUGAAGCUACUUAAACAGCACUGUGUUAACAUUAGUCAGCUAGCUACUUAUCAUGACGUUACAUAUCUAGCAUAAAAUUUGAUUUUCUAGAAAUGUAGCUAAUGCUAGAUAACGUGUUUUUACUAAAGCGAGGUUUGCUAGCUUGCGGUAUAAUCUUAGACUAGCCAUUCUAUUGUGCACUUAAAACAAGUAGCAAGCUUUGUAGUAGGCUAGGAAAGGUUUAUCUUUUUUUAUAAGUAACAUUGAACUUGUUUUAAUACAUUUUAUUUGUGUAAUAUUACAAUUUAAAUUAGCAUCUACAUUUGCUAAUGUUAUGUAAAUUAUUUUAUUUUUGUUAAUUUUAUAAAUUGUUCAAGGUCAUUAACAACUAUUUUGUUUAUUUAAAUAGAACCAAGCUACGUUUAUUGUCAGGUAACAUUACAUAAACUGUUUAGUCGUUUAAUAAACAGUAACCAAAAUAUGUAAAGAUUUUGCGAUCGGGUUUGUAAUUGGAGCUUGCAGUGAGCUUUCUAGUCUGCUAGAAAGAUAGUUUACAUUAUGCACUCGACUAUAUAUUUAAAAUGGGUUGCUAGAAAUCAAAUUCUUCGCAAACUAGCUAUUGCGUUAUAGUCUUUAGCGACCAAUGUAGCUAUAUUAAACCAGAAACCAAGUGCGUAGCAAACUAGCUAACAUAACCUAAGGGAAUUUAACUUGCGAAGAAAAUCAGUAGAAUGUAUCGAUGAUGAUGAAGCUUGUGAUUGGCUGAAAGGAUUCAACUUAAGCUCCGCCUUUGUUGACGCAGGGUUGCCCGCAAAACUCGACAAAAUCAGGACUCGAUUAAAUGCUGUAAUUUACUUGCAAUGCUGCAAGUUGCUCAUUUUCACAAUUUCCACGGUAGUAUAAAUCAAACUGUUGCUGCAUUACGUAGAUCAUGUGAAAGAUGUAGAAUCACAAUUUGUUUGAGGUGUUUAAAGCUGCUUUUGUUACAUUUUUCAGAUUUAAUAUACAGUAAAGUGUUCUCUGUGAAACGAUGUAGAACCAUCGUUUGCGUCACAUAGCCAAGUGUUCGGAGAUGACAAUAAAUAAUGUUUACGUUGUCGAAUAUUUACCACGUGCUGCCCAUGUCUUUAUUGCACUCAUAGAGUUGAAGGGACUGCCCUGACUAAAACAAUGCUAAUAGUAAUGGUAAUGUUCCAGGGCUUCACUUGUAUGUAUUUUGAGCUAUAUUAUUUUUGCUAAAUAAAAAUUAGUUGAUACUACUGAAAUGUAACAUGACAUAAUUAUUUGGA